AUGAGAGAGAGAGAGAGAGAGAGAGAGAGAGAGAGAGAGAGGAAAGGGGAGAGGAAGGGCUUCUACGUCACCGCUCUCUGGAUGCACGCCAUCCACCCGCGCACGCUCGCCACCAACCUCGCCGGCUUCACCAGGUUCCUCCACGACCCCCGCGAUGAGCGCAAGGACCAGGACGACGUCGCCGCGGCGGCCCCGGGGGCAAGAGCGGCAAGCGGCGUUGCGUCGACGGCCUUGCCGCCGCCGCGGCUGAGGCCGCCAAGGCCCGGCGCGAGAAGGAGGCGGAGCACGCGCAGGCCGUGCUCGCGCGCUACGACUCUGACGAGGCCUUCCGCAACCUCUACGACAGCGUCGCCGACCUCUUCGUCUGGCUGCUCAAGUCGGGCCUGGAGCACCUGCGCGCGGGCAACACGGCCAAGAUCGUGUUCGCCGCCAAGUGCGCUCGUCGUACGCAUGGGUCUCCUUUGCUCCAUGGGUGCCGCUGGCUUGGAGAAAAGAAUACCUUUAUCCUGA